AUGCAAAAAAUAUGGCUUUCGAAUGAGAAAAGGCUAUUAUUGACAAAUGUCGCGGUGACAUCCUCAUUACUUGGUAUAUCCGAUGGAUUACAACAAUGGAUUAGCGGUGAUUACAAUUCUGAUCAAAACAAAUCAUUUAACGUUGCAAGGACAAGACAAUUUGCAACAAUGGGCCUAGUUAUUGGACCGAUGUGUCAUUUUUGGUACAGAUGGUUAGAAAAGACAGUGAUACAUGGUACAAAAGCAACUAUUGUAAGUAAAAAAAUUGCAUGUGAUAUUGUCGCAUCACCUAUUUUUGGAUCAAUAUUUAUAUCAGGACUUGCACUAUUGGAAGGUAAUUCGAUUGUUGAUGCUAUCGCUGAAUAUCGAAGGAAAUUCAUCCGAAUAUUUGUGUUAGAUAUUUGUGCUUGGCCACCUACGCAACUAAUCAAUUUCUGGUUUCUACCAUUGAAAUUUCGAGUAAUUUAUGUGAAUUGUGUACAAUUAUUUUACAAUUGUUGCUUGUCAUACAUUAAGCAUAAUGAAGCAGGUAGUGUCAAAAAUAUUAGUUCUACUUAA